GGAGAGAGAGAGUAAAAGGUAAACAAGAGAAGGGGAAAACAAUAGCUGUAAAAUUGUGCAGGGUUUUAUAACACAGUUGCAGCUCAGCUCAGCCAUAGCCUUGGCACUACUAUUCUUGUACUAUAUCUAUCACCUGUGUGUAAGGUUUCUUGACUUUAUCUUCUCCAUAAUCCUCCAUAGAUACAAUAUGAUUACACUGUAAUCGAGGAGAAGAAAACACACUCUGCUACAAAUGAUGUGACCAGCAACCAAUUGUUCCCUUCCUUCAUCAAGAAUCCACUUGCUGAAUGUUGUUGAUUCAGUUCGCCGGAGAUUUGGGGCGGGCGGCGGAGGAGGAGGGUUGUUGUUGUUGAUCAUCAUCAUCAUCAUGGGUUUAACUUUAAUGGAGUCUUUGAGAAGAAAGAUUCAAGCUUUUAGAAUGAUGGGUUUCCUCUUGUUUCUUCUGGUUUCUUCAAGCUUCUUCUCCUUUGUUUACUCUGACGAUGGAGGGAUAUUGUUGGAGGUCAAGAAGUCAUUUAGAGAUGUCAACAAUGUGCUGUAUGACUGGACUGAUUCACCUUCUUCAGACUACUGUAUGUGGAGAGGUGUUUCCUGUGACAAUGUCACCUUCAAUGUGGUUGCUCUUAAUCUUUCAGGUUUGAAUCUUGAUGGUGAACUCUCACCAAGUAUUGGAGAGCUCAAAGGUUUACUCUCCAUUGAUCUUCGUGGAAAUCGAUUAUCUGGUCAAAUCCCAGAUGAGAUUGGUGAUUGUAGUACCCUUAAGAACUUGGAUUUAUCGUUCAAUAUGUUAACCGGAGACAUACCGUUUUCGAUAUCGAAGUUAAAGCAGCUCGAGAUCUUAAUCUUGAAAAACAAUCAAUUGAUCGGUCCGAUCCCUUCGACAUUGUCGCAGGUUCCGAAUUUGAAGAUCUUGGACUUGGCACAAAAUCGGCUGAGCGGUGAGAUACCCCGGCUUAUAUACUGGAAUGAGGUUUUGCAGUAUCUAGGGUUGAGAAGCAACAAUCUAGUCGGCGAGCUCUCUCCCGAUAUCUGUCAGCUGAAGGGCCUGUGGUAUUUCGAUGUGCGGAACAAUAGUUUAAGUGGCACAAUUCCUUCGGAUAUCGGCAACUGCACCGGCUUCCAGGUCUUGGACCUUUCGUACAACCAAUUAACCGGAGAGAUACCGUUCAACAUUGGAUUCCUACAAGUUGCUACAUUAUCACUCCAAGGAAACGAGCUAUCGGGGAAAAUACCGUCUGUAAUUGGACUCAUGCAGGCACUUGCGGUUUUGGACUUGAGUUGCAAUAAUUUGAGUGGACAAAUUCCUCCGAUCCUCGGAAAUUUGACGUAUACGGAGAAAUUAUAUCUCCACAACAACAAGUUGACGGGAUCGAUUCCUCCAGAGCUCGGGAAUAUGUCGAAGCUCCAUUACUUGGAACUGAACGAUAAUCAGCUCACCGGCCAUAUUCCACCGGAACUUGGAAGGCUCACCGACUUAUUUGACCUUAACGUUGCGGGAAAUAGACUCGAGGGAUACAUACCCGAUAAUCUUAGCUCUUGCACUAAUCUUAACAGCCUCAACGUGCAUGGGAACCAGUUGAAGGGCACCAUUCCUGCUCAAUUCCAGAGGCUCGAAAGCAUGACAUACUUGAAUCUUUCGUCAAAUAACCUCACGGGUCCUAUUCCAAUCGAGCUGUCUCGGAUUGGUAACCUCGAUACGUUGGACCUCUCGAACAAUAGGAUCAGUGGUCCGAUCCCUUCGCCACUUGGUGAUUUGGAACAUCUUUUAAAAAUGAAUCUGAGCCGGAACGGGUUGACAGGAUAUAUACCAGCCGAGUUUGGCAACUUAAGAAGCGUCAUGGAGAUAGAUCUUUCUUACAAUCAUCUCUCCGGUGUAUUACCCCAGGAGCUCGGUCAGCUUCAGAAUUUGUUCAUGCUAAAGUUAGAGAGUAACAAUUUAACGGGAGGGUUGAUAUCGUUGGUGAAUUGCCUUACACUUUCGGUUCUAAACGUGUCGUAUAAUAACCUGGCUGGCGAUAUUCCUACCGGCAAUAAUUUUUCAAAAUUUUCACCCGAUAGCUUUCUUGCGAAUCCUGGUCUUUGCAGCAGUUCGUUAAGUUCUUCAUGUCAUGCUUCUCGUUCCACCGAAAGGGUGGCCAUUUCUAAAGCAGCGAUACUCGGAAUCGCUCUCGGUGCUUUGGUUCUUCUUCUUAUGAUCUUCGUGGCCGUAUGCCGACCCCAUAAUUCAAAACCUUUCAUCGAGGGGUCGUAUGAUAAACCAGUUCAUUACUCAUCACCGAAACUUGUGAUACUUCACAUGAACAUGGCGCUUCAUGUGUACGACGAUAUUAUGAGAAUGACCGAGAACUUGAGCGAGAAAUAUAAAAUCGGAUAUGGAGCAUCGAGUACCGUCUACAAGUGUGUUCUCAAAAACUGCCGGCCCGUGGCCAUCAAGAAAUUAUGUACUCAUUAUCCUCAAUACCUGAAAGAGUUCGAGACCGAGCUCGAAACCGUUGGCAGCAUCAAGCAUAGAAAUCUUGUUAGUCUUCAAGGUUACUCUUUAUCACCUUCAGGGAACCUGUUGUUUUAUGACUAUAUGGAAAAUGGCAGCCUCUGGGAUCUCCUUCAUGGCCCGUUGAAGAAGAAAAAGCUCGAUUGGGACACAAGAAUUCAGAUCGCCCUAGGAGCGGCCCAAGGGCUUGCAUAUCUUCACCACGACUGUAGUCCUCGUAUAAUACAUAGAGACGUGAAAUCGUCCAAUAUUCUACUUGACAAGGAUUUUGAAGCACAUCUUACGGAUUUUGGGAUCGCCAAGAGCUUAUGCACGUCAAAAACGUUCACGUCGACUUAUAUAAUGGGUACGAUCGGAUAUAUUGAUCCCGAAUACGCUCGUACUUCCCGUCUUACCGAGAAAUCCGAUGUGUACAGCUACGGGAUUGUUCUACUUGAGUUGCUUACCGGAAGGAAAGCUGUUGACAAUGAGUCAAAUCUCCAUCACCUGAUUUUGUCAAAGACGGCAAGCAACGCGGUGAUGGAAACCGUCGAUCCAGAGAUAUCGGCGACGUGCAAGGAGCUGGGAGAAGUAAAGAAGGUUUUCCAGCUGGCUCUGUUGUGCACCAAACGACAGCCAUCGGAGCGGCCAACGAUGCACGAGGUGGUGCGAGUCCUGGGGAGCAUACUCCCGCCACCUAAACAAAACCCGACGGGUGGUCCAGCGACGCUGGUGCCAUGUUCGAAGGUGUCGAGCUACAUGGACGAAUACGCAAACCUGAAAACACCUCAUUUGGUGAACUGCUCAUCGAUGAGCACCUCAGAUGCGCAACUGUUUCUGAAAUUUGGUGAGGUUAUAUCUCAAAACAGUGAUUAAUAUUAUGAUUAAGGUGAAGGUUAAGGUAGAUGAUGAUGAUAUGUGAAGGAAAGUGAAAUGUCUAUAUUGGCCCUGAGAGGGGAAACUGAUGUUCAGAAAUCAUGUGCAGGUCUGUGUUGUACUGGUAAUGAAAUUAUGAUUGUAGUACUUGGUAGGUUUAUAUGAACAUGGGUUGGGUGC